CCCUGGGGAUUGGGGAGCGGCACUAGCUCUGCUCUGGCGCUGACGGGCUGGGAGCCCGGGAGGAGUCGGGGGCGCUGGCGGCCGGCCCGUCCCUCCUGGGCGGAGCUCUCUUCUCCCCUGCUGCAGACUGUGGGUGCCCGGGAGCCAGAUUGGAGCAAGCCGGAGCCGGAGCGCGGCGGCCGUGGAGCAUGGAGCGGGCAGCGCCCUGAGUCCCUUCCGCGGCGGCAGGCGGCAGCAUGAGCUUCUCGCGGCCCCUGCGGCGCUCCGUGAGCCUGAGCCAAGCCCGGACCCUGCGGCUGGUGGUGCUGGGACAGGGCGCCGUGGGCAAAACAGCUCUAACUGUGAGAUUCAUCACCAAGAGAUUCAUUGGGGAUUAUGACCCUACUCUAGAAAUGAUUUAUAGACACACGGCUGUCAUCGAUGGGGAGAUGGUGCACUUUGAGAUUCUCGACACAGCAGGACAGGAGGAAGACUCCUUGCAGAUCGAGGAGAAGAUCAAGUGGGGGGACGGCUUUGCCGUGGUGUACUCUGUGACUGACCGGUGCAGCUUCGAUGAGGUCAUGAGGCUGUGCUUCCUCAUCAACCACAUCCACUCGAGCCCCAAGCGGAGCGGCGGGAGUGACCAGCCGCCCGUGGUGAUUGUUGGCAACAAGAAGGACUUGCAGUUUGACCGGAUGGUGUCUUGUGAGGAUGGCGAGAACCUCUCCAAAGCCCUGAAGCAUCCUUUCUACGAGAUCUCCACCAGGGACAGCUACGAAGAGACCGUGGUGGUGUUCAACACCCUGUAUAAUGAGCUGAUGAGACAGGGGCACUUCUCCCCGGGCUCCUUCAAGAGGAGGGCCGUGUCUAAGCUGAUGGAAAAGAUUCCAAAGAUGCAAGCCAACUCCACCCUAAACUCUGGCGGCCGGAGCCUCAGCUUCAACUCCUUCAGGGACUACAUACCGGAGUGAGCCCCCACGUGGGCAGGGUGUGGGAGAGAACAGUGCCCCGGAGCAGCCUGGAUUGGCAAUGGACAGGCUGCAGGCUGCUCACCUUCCCAGUCUAGACAGCGCUGUAUGUCGCAAGGGUGGGUCCUUUCAGGCAUCUGUAUUCCAGGAAGGUCACAGUGCAGAUCUGUGCUGGCUUCCUACAGGGAAUUAGCAAGAGGUGUGUGGCCCAGUGGGGUUGGUGCAUCAGCCAUUCACCUGUAAAGCCCAGGGGCUUACUUCCUUGCUUAGAUUCAGCAGUGAAAACUCAUUUGGAAGGGUCUCCCUCCUCCUCCUCAUCCCCAUUCUGUGCACAUCACAAACUGCCACCGAAUUUAACACAAUUGGCAGGCUCCGCUCAGGAGAGGCUUGGGGGCACUGCAGGCUAGGACUGAGGUGCAGACCUGUGUGGGUGCCCAGGCCAUGGUUACCAGGGUCUGCUGUAGGGCAAAAUCGAGAUGCUUUGGUAGAAUUGGCAAGAAGCUUGCACAGCACAUGCUGUCAUUCUGCCUGGCUAUUGAUCUCUCUGUUCCAUGAACACAACAUCCAUAACUUAGGCCAAAUAGCGUACAUUAGAUUUGUCAAAGCAGGUCAGACCAAGGGUCCGGCCAGCUGUAUCUGCUGUCUCUACCGAUGGCCAACACUGGAUGCUGUGGUUACGUACAGCUGUUCGUUUAUGGAUGCCACUAGCCAUGAAAGUAGCCAGAUCCCACUUCGGCAAACUUCUUCAAAGUGUUUCCAGCAUUCCCUGCUCCCACCCCAUUUCCCACACUCACUUAGGACCUAAUUCUGCACCCAUCAAAAUCAAUGGCAAAGUUCUCAUUGACUGCAGUGGUUCAGAAUGAAGCCCUUAGUGCCUUGGAUGUCACACCAUUGUGACCCCACCAGCUCAGUUUGACUCUCAAAGACUUGCAUGCAAACACUCAGCACUGAAUGUUUCCCUCCACCGGCAGCCUGCUCCCUUCAGCGUGCCACACCGAUCCUCUGAGUGACUACUUUGGUGGGCAUGGGGAGCCUACUGACACAGAGAUCAUGUGGCCGUAUAGAGGAAAGAGCCUUAUUUCUGACUGUCAUAAAUGUCUUAGAUCAGGGGUCGGCAACAUUUCAGAAGUGCUGUGCUGAGUCUUCAUUUAUUCACUCUAAUUUAAGGUUUUGCGUGCCAGUAAUACAUUUUAACAUUUUCAGAAGGUCUCUUUCUAUAAGUCUAUAAUAUAUAACUAAACUAUUGUUGUAUGUAAAGUAAACAAGGUUUUUAAAACGUUUAAGAAGCUUCAUUUAAAAUUAAAUUAAAAUGCAGAGCCCCCUGGACCGGUGGCCAGGACCCGGGCAGUGUGAGUGCCACUGAAAAUCAGCUCACAUGCCGCCUUUGGCACACGUGCCAUAGGUUGCCUACCCCUGUCUUAGAUGUAUGUCUCUAGCUCGGAUGAUGGAGAAACGAUCAAAGGACCUUGUUUUCCCUCUUACAGCUCUCUAGACUUUUUAUUCAUUUUUUUUUACUCUGAGGAAAAUAAAUCAAGUGAGAAAAGAAGAACAAAGUCUGUGUGAAAAGUGCCAGCCCCCAAAUGGAUUCAAAAUUUAAAGGGGUGCCAUCAGUUUGAAAUUGAGUUGAUUUCAAAAUAGGAGUUAAAAGCAGUUUGGUGCCCUACCUCUGCCUACCCGGAGCUCUCCUUGCCAAUCUGUGUGGUUUUUCAAUCCUAUUUCUAUGGUAGUGUUUACAGUUUUUGUCUUUCUCAUGGCUGUCUGAAAGAUUCACAGAAACCGGGGAAACUGACUAGCAGCUAUACAGGAAAUCAGUGAAACAGACUAUGCACAAAGUGAAAUAACCUGAGAAGACCAACACUUUCCUGGAAUCUUUUUCACAUGGAGUGUUCUUAGGUGUCAUUUGUAACAAUAAUAAGGGACAACUUUGAGACAGAAAUGGGAUUUUCAAGUUGGCAAUAUCACUGUGAGAGUUGCAUGAUGGGAAUCCAACUGUCGCUCUCCAUAGGGCUGGGGGCAAGGCAUUCUGAUAGUAAGGGGUGUGUGUGUGUGUGUGUGUGAGUGCUAGAAAGACAGAGACAAAAGGAGACUUAAUGGCUCAGGGGAUUGGAGCCCUUCUAGGAUGUUGAUGUGACCUUCCCCUACCCGCCCCCAAGCUGUGAUGGGUAGUAACCAAAAGUUUCCAUUUGAUUAUGAGAGGAAGGAUGGUCUAAUGGUUAGGGUGCUUGCCUAGUAGACCUAGGUUCAAUGCUCUGCUCUGCUACAGACUGUGUGACUUUCAGCAAAAAGCUUAAUCUCUCUGUGCCUCAAUGUCCCACCUGUGAAAUGGGAAUAAUAGCACUUCCCUACCUCACAGGGCUGAUUUGAGGAUGUUAAAGAUGGUGAGAUGCUCCUAUGCCCCAGUAAUGGGGGCCAUAUAAGUAGAUAGAUUUGAUAUAUAAACUAGAUUUGCUGGCUGUUCAGUGGCCUGUUUGAGUUGUUGCAAUCCCAACGUUACCGACUAAUUACUAGUGACACCUCGACUAUAGAAAGUGAAUAUUCUUUCUGCUUUAUUUUUCUGCAUUUAAACUAUAGCCGUCUCCUUUCCUGUCUGUCAGGCACUGACUGUGCAGCUUGUACUACAGAGAAAUGUUUAAAUGUAAAAGAGAAAACCGCUUACAGUGGCACUGUAUUAAAAAUAUGCCUAUUAAUCCCAGGUUUUGUGAAACCAUUUUUGGUUUAAGCUACUUGAGAGAGUGUCCUUUUAAAUAGCACAGUAAAUAACAUCUUAGGCCAGGAAAGGCAAAGCUUUCAGAUUUUGCUGUCCCACUUCAGCCUAAAAGAACCAGGCACAUUUUAAUGUGGGUCGGGUGGGUUGUGUUGGUUGCUGCACUCUUUGCUGAAUCUCUGCAUCUUGUGUUCUUUGUCUUGCUUUGGGUCCUCCAUCUCCUAGGGGAGGGGUAUACAAGUUUCUUGCACAUUCCUAAUGAAUCUAGCAUUUGAUUUAAAUUUCCAUAUCACUUCUGAUGAACAGAAUAUUUGUACAGGAUCUGUAGCUAAUGUCUCCAGACCUAGGCCUGUUAAGGGACUCCGUCAAUCCAAGAGGAUUUUUCAUUUUAAGCACCAUCUGUUCCCUGCUGAAUUUUCUUAGAAGCCAGUAUGUGUGUACUGUCCUCUACUGCCAGUCUCUGUAGAAUGCAUUUGAGUUACUGCGCAUCGCAAAUCAAGGAGACUGCAUUUCCAGUGAGACCCCUACUGAAACCUGUGCUAACAAUCACCUGGUAACCACACUCAUCGAUCCUAGGAGCCAGUGAAAUAUUAAUCUCUGUGGGGAUUACUCCAUCUUAAUGGCAUUGCUUUAUAGCGUGGUUGAACAGUGAACAGAACACUAGACAUCCAGUGGAAGAGGUUUCAGUGUAUAUGAGGAAGACCAAACAUCUGGGCUGGUAAUUCUAAAUGUGGAUUAAAUGGAGCAGAGAGAGGAAUCUGGUGAUGCACAGAAGAACUGAUUCUUUGUCUAGUUAUUAAUUGUCCCAUCUUUGUAAAAGGUACCAGUUCAGACAUGCUCACCAGGGAGUGAAAUCUGCUGUUGGGGGCUGGGUGGAGAGAUCUCUAUGGUCCCUGCCAUGAUGUAUAGAAUUUUUGUAUCCUACUGACAAAACGGUUGUCUUCAUGAACAAAUGCCUCAUUAGGGAGCAGACAGCCAUCGACACGUGCUCGGCUUCCAGCUAGCGAUAUCUCUUCCAGUGUCUUCACACAUGAGGGCUUUCAAAACAUAUUCCUGGCUUUCUAAAUCAUAGAAAUUAGAGAUUUGAGUCCCCUUCUUUCUAUCCCCCCUACGAGUAUAGGACUGUUCCUUCCAGAAUAUAGCUUUGCUACGUGUGAUGGAUUUGCUAAAGAUCUGUGAUGUAAAUAACAUGAUUUGCAUUUCUCUCAAAGAAAUAACCCUAGUCGACUGUUGAACUGUACACUAGCUGCAUUCUGUUAUAAUAAAACUCAACUUGAA